AAAUAUUUGGGAUGGCAGUAUAGUUGUGGAGAGAGUCUUCAAAAGUGGCAAUCGAGAAGUUGCUGCAGUAGAAAGCAGUGUUCCAUCCCAUGUCCUGGAAGGUGUACUACAAGAACUAAAAGGUUUACAAGAAUUUCUGGACAGAAAUUCACAGUUUUCUACAGUAGGAGCCCUUGGAAACCCAAGUUUUAGCACACCAGCCAACCUGCAGCAGAGGCUACUGGGUUUCAUGCGGCCUGAUGGUGGAAGUUCUCAGCAAGUCCAGCAAGAACUCCAGAGGAAAUAUCAUGCUGAGGCACAACUGACUGAGAAGACCUCACUUCACGGUAUCCAGCAGCUUGUUCGCAAAACCUGCCAGGCAUUGGCUUUAUGGAAGUUGCUGUGUGAGCACCAGUUCAGUGUUGUUGUAGGUGAGCUGCAGAAGGAGCUUCAAGAACAUCUCAAGAUUACUGCUUUUAAAGACUUGGUAAUUAGAGACAGAGAGUUGACUGGAGCACUUAUUGCUUCCCUCAUAAACUGUUACAUCAGAGAUAAUGCUGCUGUGGAUGGCAUCAUUGCCCAUUUGCAAGAUAUCUGUCCUCUACUUUAUAGCACUGAUGAUGCUGUGUGUUCCAAGGCUAAUGAACUGCUUCAGCGGUCUCGACAAGCUCAAAGGAAAGCGGAAAAAGAGAAGAUGCUAAGAGAGUCGCUGAAAGAGUACCAGAAGAUCAGCAAUCAAGUUGACCUUGCUAAUGUUUGUGCACAAUAUAGGCAAGUGCGUUUCUAUGAGGGAGUAGUAGAACUCUCUCUUACAGCUGCUGAGAAAAAAGAUCCGCAAGGUCUUGGCCUUCAUUUCUAUAAAAAUGGAGAACCAGAAGAGGAUGUUGUUGGACUCCAAGCUUUUCAAGAGAGAUUGAACAGCUACAAGUGUAUCACUGACACCCUUCAAGAGUUAGUGAAUCAAAGUAAAGCUGCUCCUCAGUCUCCCAGUGUACCCAAAAAGCCAGGUCCUCCAGUGCUGUCAUCUGACCCCAACAUGCUAAGCAAUGAAGAAGCAGGGCACCAUUUUGAACAAAUGCUAAAGCUGGCUCAGCGUUCAACAGAUGAACUCUUCAGUAUUGCACUCUACAACUGGCUGAUACAAGCUGAUUUGGCAGACAAACUGUUACAGGUUACUGCCCCCUUUUUGGAACCCUACCUUGUGCGCAUGACCAAGAUUGACCAAAACAAAGUCCGUUAUAUGGAUUUACUGUGGAGAUACUUUGAAAAGAACAGAAAUUUCAGUAAUGCAGCCAGAGUCUUGGCUAAGCUGGCUGACCUACACAGCACAGAGAUUUCUCUUCAGCAGCGUCUUGAGUACAUUGCACGUGCCAUUUUGAGUGCCAAAAGUUCCACUGCCAUAUCCUCUAUAGCUGCAGAUGGUGAAUUCCUACAUGAACUAGAAGAGAAAAUGGAAGUUGCAAGGAUCCAGCUUCAAAUACAAGAAACAUUGCAGCGGCAGUAUGCCCAUCAUUCUUCAGCGCAAGAUGCAAUUUCCCAGCUUGAUGCUGAGCUGAUGGAUAUAACCAAGCUGUAUGGAGAAUUUGCUGACCCUUUUAGGCUCUCAGAGUGUAAGCUUGCAAUUAUACAUUGUGCGGGUCAUUCUGAUCCUAUCUUGGUGCAGACUCUCUGGCAAGAAAUCAUUGAGAAAGAGUUGACUGAUAAUGUGUCUCUGAGCGCCGCGGACAGAAUGCAGGCACUUAGUUUGAAGAUGGUAUUGCUGGGAAAGAUCUAUGCUGGCACACCUCGUUACUUUCCUUUAGGCAA